AUGCCAUUAACCAUAGUUUUUUUAACAUCACCUUCCAGGAAAUCAAAAUUUUCAGCACUAUCAUUACUAGUAGGGAUUGAAAUCAAUGCAGAUAAUAAAGGUAAUUACGUUGUAAAAGUGGAUGGAGUCGACAUAUCACCUAAUCCUGUGAUUAGCGGGAAACCGGCCACCUUCACGAUCUCAGCUUCUACUGCUAUCACUGGUGGCAAAGUGGUGAUUGAAGUUUACUUCUUUGGGUUUCAUAUCCAUCAAGAAACUCAUGACCUUUGUGAGGAAACAUCUUGCCCUAUUACAGUUGGCAACUUUGUGCUCUCUCACAAUCAAGUUUUACCUGGUUUUACUCCACCUGGUUCCUACAAACUUAAGAUGACAUUAUCAGGAUCGGGAAUUAAACAGUUAACUUGCAUUUCCUUCGAUUUCAAAAUCAGUUUUGGUGCUUCUGAAUCUUCAGUCUCUGAUAGCCGAUCAGCCCAUCAAGUAUAUAUAUGAAAUGUGGAAUGUAGUAGGAUGUUAUAUCUUAUUUAUUGCGAACAGAUCUCACAUUCUACAAUAUUUUGUACUUGUAUUCUGUAUUAUCGUUCUUGUGAAGAUGUCAUUUACAUGGAAGUCACUCCAAUCUGCUGAAUCAUGUUAACAAUGUUAAUUUCCCGUAAUAUCAAAUCAUUUUACA